UGUUGAUCAUUUUUGCUACACAUAAGUUGAAUUGUCCUUCUCCAUCUAUAAAAUUUAUCAUAUGAUUGGACUUUCAUAGAUUCUAGUAACUAGAAUUUAUAUUUUCAUUGUGUGCUAAACAUUCAAUAUUCUGACAGUUAAUCAAUUAAUCUUGCUCUUUAUUCUUUGGUUGAAACCGUUUUACCCAACAAAAUUAUGUUAUGUUUUUGUCUCAUCUCACUUCCGAACACUCAGAGUUGAAGGGAGCACAUAACAGUUACUUCACCGGUUAUGCUUUCUCUUUUUGUUAUCCUUCCUGUUUUCCUUUGUUUUUUGCAUAAUUUAUCGUUUUUAAUUAUUGAAUUCAAUUAAUUACUUUUCUCCUGCGUUGCCCAUUUCAAUUGCCAGUAACCAAUGGAAUCAUGAAAAUGAUUCAAAAUAUGCUUCAUCGGAUCCAAUUUUACUUCUUACCAGACAACCAUUUCGAAUGGGACUCUCUCAUUGUUAAUCCAUUUCUUUCAAUCAUAACAAUAUGUUUAAUGGUUUUCCUAUUCUCUGUCAAACCCUGCUGAUUCAUAUAAAUGUCAACUAAAGAAUUAUUUAUCCAGUUAUUUACCUAUCUACAUCAUCCGUCUAAUCAACUUACAAUUAUCUACAAUUUUGUGUAAUUCCAGUUCAUUCAUUGUUUACAUCUGAAUUUUGCCUGUCUAACCAGACAAAUCCUGGUUUUCAUGUUUGCCCGAGCCAUCUUUUUUUCUUGCACCGAUUCGAACCAAAUGAAAUAUGUUGGGAUAAUGCAUCUAACAAUUUUGACAUUCCGUUGAUUUUCUAAUUGUGAUUUUAAAGUCUCACUGUUCUAUUAUGGAGAGCCUGGGCUUGUUAAUCGAUUGGAUCAGUCUGAGAUGAACCAUUUUAAAGUAUACAUUCAAAUAUGGAAAAAAAUAUUCACAAAAAUGGCUACAAGCUAGUCAAUGGGAGCAAUUCGAGUCCUAAACAUACUUACAAAAUUAACUUGGAACGCACAAAGAUACCACGUAUUCGUCAAGUUAACGGGGUUAUUAAAGGCAAAUCUCAACAUUCCAGUCAAAGGAAGAUUAUUCCAUCAUUUUAUGGUUUCCUGACCAUUUUCGUGGUCACAUUAUUAGUUAUUCUUGUUAAUAAGAUACCGACUGGGCCUCGAUCUUAUCCUGAUCUUCAGUAUCAGGCUCGCCUCAAAGCAAAUUAUUUCAAGCCGAUAGCCAAUUUGAGCCAAUUCGUUCUGGAAACUGAACUGUUAAUCAAACCUCGAUUAGAUGAGCUAGAGGAUAUUCGUUUAGUUGUAAUUGUCAGCUCUUCUGUCCAACAUUUUGACCAAAGACAAGCAAUAAGAGAUACUUGGUCUAAGCUGAUCAACUAUCAUCAACAAAAGCUUUUCUUCAUUAUUGGAAAACCUACUCCGCAGGGAAACUCACUAGAUAACUCUUCGAUUUCAAAUUCAUCGAAACAUAUGUCCGACGAUGCAAAUAAACUCACCUACCCGAUCUUUGAUCAUCAAAACAAUCCGUCAGAUCCUAUGAUGAGCAAAUUAAAUGAGCAAAUUGUCCAAGAAGACUUGUCUUUCAAUGAUCUCAUUCAAUAUGAUUUUUAUGAUUCAUAUUACAAUUUAACUCUAAAAUCAUUAUUAAUACUUAGAUACUUCAACCAAGAGAUUCUCAAUUUAACGAAAAGCCCUUCUCCGUUUCCUUCAUACCAUUCAUCUUUAUCGUAUGGAUCAUCUUCUUCUCCCUCUUCAUCAUUAUUAUCGCCAUUCGUAACUCCAAAAAUGCCUAAUCGACCUUAUGGACGACUGAAGCCACCACCGAUAGUACCUAAUGGAAUGAAUUUGAAAAUUAAAAAACCAAUAUUUUUGUUUAAAGUUGACGAUGACAUGUUUGUUCAAGUCAAUAAUCUAAUUAAAUUAAUCGAUAAACUAAUGGUGGCCUUUAAAGUUAGAAAGAUACCUUGGAACCACCGACAAGAAGGUUACAAAAUUUUACUUGGAGGCUUAAUUAAAAAGGCCCAGCCUAUUAGAGAUCCCAAAAGCAAAUAUUUCGUGCCCUUUAGUGUCUAUCCUUAUAAUAUUUACCCGAAUUAUCUUUCUGGGACUGGAUACCUGAUGUCGGCUGAUGUUGCGCGAUCUCUAUUUAUUACUACAACUGUUGCUGUAGAUAUUUUUUUCUCGAAGAUCUGUAUAUCACAGGAUUUUGUGCUACAAAAGCUGUUAAAAUGUAUGACGACUACAGAUACAGAUACCAUGAAGAUCAACUUAUGGAUAUCCAAUUAA